AGGGGACGUUUUCGCCACUUCCUUCUCCCCUCGCGAAGAUUAAAAUAAGGGGAAGUAAAUAACAGAAUAAAUACUGAGUCGGGAGGGUCAAUAAAUUGUUGAAUUAUUCAAGAAUAAUAAGAUAAUUCAGUGAAACGCAAUGUCACUGUUGGUCAACAAUUGUUGGAGGCUGACAUCCCUCAGCCGAGGGUUUCUUCGUUCAUCAGUUGUUUCUUCCCAAUUCGUACCCCAUCAAAAUUCGUCUGGAAAGUUUGAGUCCAAGAAGUGGCCAGGGUAUCACGUUAUAUACAACCUGCCGCAUGUGAAGAGGCUCAGUAUAAUAAACCGAAUGAAGCUCAAGGGGACGAUUCUCUCGUCAAUAAGCAUACCAGCGGUCCUCCUGAUGGAGGUUAACUUAGGAACCCUGUCAGCAAUGGCUCAUAACGCAGCAAUGAUAUUUGGAAUUAUAACGGUAUUUUUCCAUUCAAUUGGCUACUUCGCCAACAACGUAAUUGGAAUAAUCUAUGCAAAGAAAGACUCCAAUGAUAUAAAAAUAUCAUAUGUAACUUACUUUGGCAAACGAGUGGACCUUGACACGACUUACGACGACAUCAGCUGUCCAGAACCCAUGUCCAGGUUCAGAGAUCCUCUGUUCAAUCCGGUAAUAGUUGCGUCACAAAAAAAGAAACUGCGGCUGUUCGCUCAGGGGAACAUCAUCGAUGACGAGAAAUUUUCGAAAGUAAUCGGCGCUGAGUUCUGAUCUAGUGUAAUUAGUGAUUAAGAAAAUAAAGAAUUGCGUGGUUAAGAA